AUGCUCGAAGAGCCUAGUAUCAUGGCUAAGAAGCCAAUACCAGCAGCGCCACUAUUAAAACCUAUAUUUCCAAAGUUUGCAACAGUAGCCGGUUCCUGCUGUUUUAUCAGCGUAAAAAUCAUCAACUCUCAGCACGUCAGAGAUAGGUGCAACUGUCGAUCAUUCAUUCAACAAGCCCGGCUAGAAGACUCCUGGUCUUCGCUGGAUAGAUACUUUUGCUCCUGCGGGCAUCAUGCGCAGUACCACCCGCCGAGAUCUCAGUGUGCGAAUAUUAUUCACGGCGGGGGGCACCACGACACUCCUAUGGUAGAGUGCGAUAUGGAAGCGCAGGAGCAGGAGGCGGCAGCUGCCAAGGAAGAAAUAGAGCAAAUACCUUUGCAGAUUCCUAGGUCGUUAACACCGGUACCGCCCCAAGAAGCAGAGAAUAACAGACAUAUAUGGCACCUUUAUCAGAAGACGGCGAAGUUGGAGCAGGAGAUCUCACAGAAGCCGAACCCUGAAGAUGUUAGGUCGGUAGGAGACAUCGUUGGAAGUCUGGAAGAACGGAUCCUUGAGUUGGAAGAUCGACUAGAGGAUACAGAACUUCGACUCGAGGAGUCGGAGCGGAAAGCAACAGUCCUCCAAGGAGAAAUGGAUGACCUUGUCAACGAGAACGAGGACUUACGGCGUGACUCCGCCUCUUCCUCCGUGGAAAGGUCAUCCAUACCAGACAUCGACAGAGUAUUACGGGAGGAUUCUGAAAGACGCCUUCACGAAGCUCUCACAGCUCUAAAGCCAAUAUCCAAAGAGAAUCCGUGGUGGGUACAUGUCAAUCUUGUUUUGGAUCCCGACCAGAAAAGCCCUCCUCCUAUAGACUGUCAUGAACAUACACGCUGUGAAACGGUUGGAUGUUAUCAAUAUAUCAAAGUCGAAGGGUCUGGAUGCAAAAGCUUCCAGCAAGCUAUCUCUUCAUCUUUCCCAUCAUCCCUCCUUAUCAAACAGUGGAUGCCUUUGCUUGCCUCGCAGACCGACGAUGGCCAAAUCUUGCUUGACCGACCCACGGAUGUCGAAGGAUUUCCGUCCUUAUGGUCUGUCGAUUUUCUACGCAGCAACUGUACCGUCGUAGUUGAUGGCCAGGAGAAACUCUACAUUGCUCCCCAAGCUGGCCCUCUCGCUCUCGAGGAGUUAGAGAGCCCGAGAGAAAGCCCUGGCCUCACCGAAGCCUCCACGAUUUCCAGUACAUCCAACCUCCGCCGCUCCGGUAGAAAAAGAAGUAUCACCAAUAACACCAAAACUGAAGCCCCGGUCAUCAUGAAGCGUCCUCGUGUCAAAUCCAAGUCGAAAAAGGCGCAACCCAUUUCUUUCUCGUAA